UAUACGUUGCUCUCCCAUCUCUACUACCUGCUGUCUACAAUUAAAAAGUAAAUGUUGUUGCCACGGCCAAACUGACGAUGCGCCGCGUACGCUGAGCCUCGUGUCCGCACCCGUGAGGACCCGUAUCGCAUCCCCGAGAUCCGUGCUCUGGGCCCCCGGAAAAGCCACUUAAAACCCAUAAUUCGACUGCUUUCGGUCCGUUUUUAUUGGUUUGCAUUGGCACAAAAACAAACAAGCAAACAAACACACAGACUCACCAGGAUAUACCGAGGAAAAUAAGAUAUAUAGAAGGCGGAAAAGUAUAUUCUCCUUGCCCGAUUUGGUUACGGACUAGCGCGAUAUGUCGCGCGUGCUUAGUCCCCACAAACAGGGCGUGGCAGAGGCGGACGGGCUGGACUAUACAAACAGCAGCUCGAUCAUCGAGUUUCUGGCCAAGGAACAGGACUGCGGUGGCAUACUAACGGAUCCGGAUCCGGAAUCUAUUUUCCAGGAGGUGAGCCGCCUGUCCGACAGCACGGACAUGCGCUCCGUGGACGAACUGUUGCAGGAGGCGGAGCGCCUGAUCCAACAGCAGUUGCGUCUGGGCGGCAUUGCCCCGGAAACGGAAAGUUCUGGGCCCCACGUGCCCUCCAAGACCUUUGGAGAGGAAGCUGCCCCCGGAGAUGGCUCAUCCUCAUCCCCGCAAUCCUCGCCCCACAGCAGCAUCCGACUAAAUACACGCUAUACCCAUCGCAUUGAGCAUUUGCCCACUCCUUUGCCGCCAAAAUCUGCUGGAAUCAAUGGUAAAAUCCGACCAAGAUCCGGUUCCAAAUCCUCGGCAUCGCCCACAUCCGUUCAGACGCCACUGGACAGCAAUAAUGGCUGUGGCUUUGCCGCCUUCGUCGAGAACCUGCCCUCGGAAUCGGUCAUUUCCGAGGAGUCCACGCCGAAGGACAUGGACAUGGAGAACCACACGGCGGCCAUGGCGCAGCUGCAAAUCCAGCUUCAGGAUAAUACCGACGAUGACGAAGAUACGAUGGAGGAGAUCACCGAGGCAGAGGUGGACGCGCCAGCUCUUCCGUUGGCGGAGGACGUCGGCCACUCGGUUAGAAGUUCGCCUGGCAGCCAGGUGAGGGGCCACGCCCACCCGUACAACCAGCCCAUCCGGCCGAUGGCCAGCUACAGCGAAAAGGCGGUGGGCAGCUCACCCAAACACCUGGUCAGCACCCUGAGUUCGCCCAUCGAGCAGAUCGCCUGCAGUGUUUCCCGGGAGCAUGCGCUCAAGCUGGAGAUCGAGCAGCUGCAGGAGCACCUUAAGGACACCGAGGAGCGACUGGCCUCCGUGCGCCUGCAGAGCGACUCGCUGUCGCAGACGCAGCGUGCCCUCCGGGAGCACAAUGGCCGGCUGCAGGAGGAGUCCGAAAUGCUCAAGCUGGACGUGCAGCACCUGAAUGAGUGUGCCAAUGUUUUGCGGGCGGAACUGCAGGCGGCUCGAAGGGAUCGUGGCGAGGCGCUCCAGCUGCAGCGAUCCCUGCGCGAGGAGCUGGAGGAGGCGCACCAGGAGCGCCGGCGGACGGGCGAGGGCAAGGAGAAGGACGGCCGGGUCAUCCAGGACCUGCAGCGCCAGUGUCGCGAAAUGGAGCGGAUACUCAUGCGCAAGCAUCCGGACUCGGUUUCCGCUCUGAUAGUGGCUUCCAAGAGUCCGGGCAUGUGCCCGCUGAACGACCAGAAGAACGGGAACAGCCGCAAGCUGCUGGAGCAGCGCAUCGCCCAGCUGGAAUCAGAUGCCAAGGAGCAGGAUCGCAAGGCGCAGCAGAUUCUGGCCAAUGUCCAGGCGCGCUUCAAUUCGGUGCAGGCCAAAUACGAGACGCACAUCGCGGAUCUGGAGACGCAGGUUCUGAGCCUCCAGGAGAUCAACACAAAGCUGAACGAGCAGAUCGAAUCGCAGGUGCGAACCUUGGAUCGCUAUAUGCAAAAGCGCGCUGAAAGAUGCUACAACAAUUGCACCCAAACGGAGCCACUGGAGCCAUUGGAUGAUGAGCCGCUCGGCAGUGGAGCAAUCCCGGGAGGAGUGAGCUCGACCACGAUGGGUACCCAAACGCCGUUGGCGAAUGGGACGCGGGAUCACAGCACCAACACCAUUGGCUGCCCCUCGCCGGCGCUCGUUUGCCAGCAGCAGCACCUGCACCACCCACAUGGCCACCUCCAUCCACAUGCACAUCCACAUGCCCCAUCCGCCAGCAGCAGCACCAGCAGCACGGCCAAUUCCACGCCAAACACAUCCCGUCCGAACUCGAAGCAAAGUGGUGGCCAACGGCGUUCCCCGCUGGUCACCGCCGGUCCCUCCAAGCUGCCCAUCUCGCAGUCGGACUCCACGCUCUCGCUGCUCAGCCAUGGCGGCGGAGGAUCCAAGGAGGAGGCCCAGUUGCUCAGCUCCGUGAGGAGCAUGCGCGUGGACUUGGCCAUCAAGAACAAGGCGAUGCAGCGGCUUACGCGGGAGUUGGAUGAAUGCAAGAAGACGAUACGGAAGCUGCAGCGGGACAGGGACGGUAGUGGCUCCAGCAGCCAGGCAGGCAGCAAACUGGAUCUCCGGUCGCAGGCCAGUGGCGGAUCUCUCCAGAGGCGUUCCAGUGGCUACGAUCACCACCACCACAGUGACCACAUUCCGGCGGCCACCGAAAGUCAGGCUCUGAAGGAGGCCCAAAACAAAUAUCGCCUGCUGGAGGCCGACUACAAAACGCUUCACGAUAAGCGGCUGCAGGAUUUGAAGACCCUGCAGAGCGCCCACGAGAGGGAACUGGCCUCCUGCAACGAGACUGUGCGGAUCCUGCAGCAGCGACUCAACGAGCGGGAGGAGGCACUGACCACCCAAAAGCGGCGCAAGGUGCCCGUGGACUACUAUGCGCUGAAAGCCAAGGUAUCACUUUUGGAAAGGCGGCACUCGGAACGGGAGGAGCGUCUACAUAUGCUGGUGGAAGCCCUGAGCAAAGGACGGCUCAACGGGGCUCUCGAGGAUCUGAUGCAGGAAAACAAUAACAAGUAGUGGAGUUCGAGGUGUUUAAGGGAUUAUUUAAGACACAUUGCCAUGUUCAAUGCCAGCCAAUUUCGACUAGAGUCCGUCUAAGCAGAAAAACAUCCAAUGAUAAAUACAAUUUUAGCCAGAACAAAAAGCAGGGGUUAGGAACCGGGUUCCCAGGACUUGCUGCCGGGUUGGAUUGUGGCUCCAGCAAUGGAACUCUAACUGACGCUCCAGCGAUUUUCUCAAACCAAAUUCAAAUGUGUUCAAAAUGGAAACAAUAAGUGUAUCGACAAGUGAUCAGUUAACCAACAACUUAUAUAUAGGUUUAAGAUUUUUCCCAACAAACAAGCCACAAUCUAAUCUGGUACUCAAGGUCAAUCCAAUCCUGGGCCCUUUGUUCAUCAAGGAUAUUUGAAGAUACAGAACAUGAUUAAAGUUAUUGUAGUUCUUAGACAAGAAAGUAUUUUAAAUAUCAAUGUUUCGAUGUAGAAAUUGAAUGGUUCAAAAAGCGUACACACAACUUAGAGAGAGAUAGCGAAAGAAGAACGAAAGAGAGCGAGACAGGUGGAAGAGUCAUGGAAAUGAAAGAGAAAUAGCUUGGGAAAUGAAAGUUGUACUAGGAAUAAGUAUUUUAUGUACAUAGAAUAUGGAAGUACAGAAAUUCGAAGCGAUCUCAAUUUAAAUAUUAUAUAUUUGAGUUAGAAGAAAAGUGCUUUAGGAGCACAAUUAAUUUUACCCGUGUAACAGUCGAUUUUUUUUACCUAACCCAAUUAUUGUGCGUUUAAGAUAGAAAACUUUGAAAAAGUUGAAAAAAACUAAGAACCAGGGACCGUAAAUAAUGUCUAUUUAUGUUGUUUCCGUGAAGAAAAUCCUCCAAAUAGCGUAGACUAAUACAAAUAACAAUUAAACCAAUAUGCUACCUUUUUGACCACCUAUACGUAAAAAUUCAAAUAUGUCAACUCCCUGGGGUAUACUGUCAGUUCUAUAAGAAGUUAAUCAAAGAAUACGGAUACGUAAGGAUGUCUUUUUAUUUCUUGUAGUAUUGUACAGUAUUGCUCUACUAUUUAUAUUUUUAAGAAUAUUGAAUCUAACCCCAGUAAUCAUUGUAUAUGACUUUUGGUUGCAUUAAUAUUAUUUUUGGAUAUUUAAAAUGAAAAGGUCACCAUGAUUACUGCGGGGGUUUUCCAAAUAAUUACGGUCCCUGCUAAGAACCGAACAGAAUAGAAUAGAUCUCCCAUUAAACAACUCAAGCAGGCGGACAACUAAGACAAAAAUCAAAUAAAAAUUCACAGUAUUCCAAUACAGA